UUUGUUGUGGACAUUUCUCAUUUGCUCAUAUUUAGUUGUUGAAGCAUUCAAAACAGGGUGAAAGUAAGCUUCACGUCAACCAAUUGAACUCAAAAUCGUUUCGGAAAUGCCAUCGUAUUGCUCGAUUAUUACAAAAUCGCAUUCGAACGUAGAAAGCGCUCAUCGGAGCGCGGGCUAGGGCCUUGCUCUCUCUCUGGUGCGAAGUAAAUGGAUUACCAUUCGGUAGCAAUCACUCGGGCAAGUGUUUUAAUCGUUUAGUUUAUUUAUUUAUUUUUUGAACUGUGUUGCGUUAAUUCGUAAAAUAUUGCUAUCUACACUUGAACGCGUGAUGUUUAGUCAGUGACUACUAAAAACUAGACUGGGAAUUACGGAAAUGAAAAAUAAAGACCCCAAAGCUAAUUUUGGAAUCGAACUAGAUGAAUCUAUUCAAAUUGAUGGAGUCUCCGCAACAGCAACCAAAUUUGGCGAAAGUUUUCGUGGUAUUUUCAGAUGGCAACAAAGUUUCUUUAAACUGGUCUGGAAGCAAGCGAUAAUCUACUACAUCAUCUACGUAUCAAUCACGCUGUUCUACUCGUUUGCUUUGGACAGCGGCAAUCAGGCGAAUUUCGAUGCCAUUACAAGCUAUCUUGCGCGUUACACAUCUAGUUUACCGGUCGUUCUCCUGUUAGGCUUCUUCACUUCAACAGCACUUAACCGUUGGUUUAGCAUAAUGGCAAGCAUGCCGGGCACUAAUCGACCUAUUGCACUUUAUGUUGCAUCGCUCAAAGAAGAUGCAGCUGAUGGCUGCGCUAGAGUUGAUCUGUACAUCCGUUACGUUCUUCUUAUGUGGUUGCUUACAUUCCGCAUCGUGUGCAAACCCUUGAGGAAAAGAUAUCCGAGUUUAAUGUCAAUUCAAGCGGCAGGAUUUCUUCGUGAUCACGAACGUCUUUUACUUGAAAAACACAAAGAGCAACCUGGAGGAAGUUCAAAGACUUUUCCGCUUGUAGUUUACGAUUGGUUAAAUAUUCUGCUACGGGACACCUGCCAAAAAGGAUAUUUCUCUGUUGCCAACGAUUUCGGUCGGAACAUUGACGCUAUUCAAGUUUUAAAGAAAGGGGGAGGGAACGUCAUUAAAUUUGCUUCUAAGAACGUUCCUGUGGCUUUGAUUCAGGCUGUGACGCUUGCUAUUUACUGCUACGGGGUUGUGUCUGUCUUGUCACAUCAAAUAGAAAAGCAUUACUUGACGUCGGUCCUUAGCGGCUACUUUCCAUUACCCUACGCUUUGCCAUUUUUCUUCUACUAUGCCUGGCUGAAAGUGGGCAGAAUCGCCAUUGAUCCAUUUGGUAGCGAUGAAGAUGAUAUCGAUAUACUCAACAUUUUCGAUUGCCACAUUAAUGGGGCAAUGCGCUUACGUAAUUGCUACGGUGUCAAAAUAACAAUCCCAUCAACUGACAGAAGCGCAUUUUCCUUGUCUUAGUUUUUUGGCAACGAAAAAGUUUCUUUUCGAAAUUCAUUUUUUUAUUUGGCAAAAACUGUUCAUCGAAAAUUGAUAAAUACAAAUUUGUUUUUUUACGAUACAACUGUUUUCGUCGUAUUAGAUUUGCACAAUACGUAACAGUUGACAUUUUCCCCAUAAUUAGGGCCAGACGUUUCUCUUCAUCGAGAUUUUUUCGAUCGAUUUUCUUGUGGCCCUUUCCAGCAACUGUUCAAUACCAAUGGAUGCAAGUUGGUAAAAUGCAUUAGUUUGUAUUUUUAAAUGCACAAACAAUUCGAGCAGCAAUUUUUCCGACACCCAUUUCAUCGCCAGGAUGAGCCAACAGUUUGGCAACAUCUGAAAUGGACAUUAAUCCAGGCCAAACGGCUAGCAUGUAAAAAACCUUAAAAGAAUAGAUUUUCUGUUAAAAAAAUGGCAAGUAAAUAAUUUUCCAAAAAUCAUUUACCAGAGCUGGAGGUAUCAAACUCAAAAGGGGUUUCAUGACCUCCUUCGUUUUUACAGAUGUUAUUUCUGCCAUUGUUUGAAUGAAAUAGCUGAUAAAUGCAAGCUGUGGAGUGAUGAUGCCAUCUCCAGCCACUCGGGUCAUUAACUGCAUCAGGUUUGCAAUCGCAUUAGGAAGUGGUUUGUUCUCGUGGGCUUUUAACAGAAAGUUUUUCAUGUUACAAAAAAUUCAUUGGAAUCUAUUAACGAAAAAUGGAAUGCUUACUGGUGCUAGAAGCAACACAGAGAGCCUCCAGUUCAUCAUCGUGCAAAGCCACUUUUUUCAAAGGAGGAUAGCGGAAGCCAGGCGUAUUUAAAUCCCAAUCGAUGGCGCGCUUUGAACCCGAUUUCUUGGCAGCGGUUGAAGGAUCUGAGUCUGAUGCUAUUUGGUUAUUCAAUGCAGCAGUAAAUAGCAGCACAGCUAACUGAGCUAAAGCCUUUCCGCCUGGUCCACCUGUUUCCUCAUCACUAGAAUUUAAAUAGGUGGUACUUUUCGGUUAGGACGGAACUGGGGGAUAUUCCUUUAUUUGCUUUUAUUUUCUUACCUGGCAAGCAUUGAAGAGUGAGUCAGUAAGAAUGGUAGGACUCUAGUGGCCAAAGAAAUAGCACAGCUUUCCAAAUCUAAAUGUGCCACUGACAGCGCCCCUUCGACGCACCGUUGCCUUUUGUCAGAAGAUUGCUCUUUGAUAACAGCCUGUAUAAGAUAGAGAUUAUGCAGUCAUAAUGUGGUGGAGCUAGUGGGAUCUUUUCGUAAUGUGUUACCUUGACCAACGAAGUGACUAACCACGUCGCGCCACCAAUUUUGAAAAGUCGGUCGAUACCUAGUGUCGUACAGUGGUCUGACCAUCCAUGGUUCAAAAUUUUGUUCCACAAUUUUGAAAGCUGAUGAUCCAAACUCUGAUCUUGAUUGUCAGAAACACCUUGAAGGGGGUUAUCGUCUUGGGCUAGACGGCGAAUGAUUUGCAGCAUUAACACUGAUCUAAACGAUUCAUAGCGAUUACAAAGAUGCGUUGGGAAAUUAAGAUCGGGGGCUUUAAUGUAAUUUACCUCUCUCUGUAAUGCUCUUUAGAGUCGUCAAGACUAAGAGGAGUCAUCAAAUGGUCGAGCAUCAUUGUGGGUUUGCUUUUUAAAUUCAUUGGUUGAACCUAAACCAAAAUACGAACUGUAACUUUCUCCAACGUCUAUCUGUUUUAAAUUAAUCUUACCUGGAUGUAAAAUCUUAACCAAGUGGCAGCGCAGACCGACAGGCAGCACAUCUGAGUCCGUAGUGUAUCGAGAAUUCUCUCGACUUCUUCGUCAGAAACCAACUGUGAUUCGUACGCCGCUAAAAUUUCACGUAUUACCGCAGGGACAUGAAAGCAGGCAUCAUGCCAGCGAACACUCCUUUAAAAACAAAAAUUUAUAUUUUAGUACUUGUUAAUUACAUAAUUUAAGCGAUAGUUUACCCAGAUCUAAGGUCACUUUCACCAGAGGUCAGCGCCUUCAAUAACUGAUCAGUCAACAUGGGAUCACAGCGAUUUAAUAAAAGAUCAGGUGCCUGGUUUGGUUUCAACCAUUCUGAAGCCCACUGUUCAAAAAAGGUCUCCCCUCCUAGUUCGCCACUUAAGAUAACCUAUCAAUCAAAAGCACAUUAUGAAACGAUUAGGGGGGUAACAUCUAAUCACGGUUUUACCUCGAUGCCGUACAUCUGCGUAAUACGGCAAAGCAUUAGAAAAGAAAUGUCGAAAAGCAAUGCUCUCGAAUUUGCCGUUUUACUUGGAUCAGAGCCAGCUGGUUGGCGGUUCGCUUCGUUGAAGCGCACUAGUUUUGUGGCGAAAGCCCGGAGUUUACCUGUUCCUGUCGCUGCGUUUAGUAUAAGCUCAAAGCUUUGGCCCGAUAGCAAAUGAGACAAAACCUUUAAUAAGGUGUCCUGAAACGAAAAUGGUACUAUUGUUAACCCUAUUUCACUCUUCCGAGUUUUAACUCCUUACCUGGUUUUUAGCGUAAUCCGUGUCUAAAGUUUUCAAAAUACUGGCCACGGUGGGUUCGGCACGAAGCACCAAAGUAGCUAUUUGAGUGUUGGUGGUCUCCAAUUUCAGACCUCCGCGCGAUAGGCUUUCUCUGUUUCGGAUCAAAAUAUAAACCGAAUUUUAUUUUAGAUUUCAAAAUAGGAAAAUCCAAUAUUUUUACCUUUUGCUUAGAAUACUAGUAACAUGCCAUUCGGACAGCAGAGAUGUGCGCAUCUUUACUUCAUUCAGCAAUCCUUCAACAACAUUGCAAUGGCAUUUCGCAUCUGUAGUUUCUAGAAGACCUGGGUAGCAUAAGAGUCGUUCAAACGCCACGGCGACUUCCGGGCUUGGUUCGCCAAUGGGAGAAUUCGGAUCCAACCC